AUGCCAGGGAUGCAACCUGGCACUGACAGCUCCUCAGCCGACCCCAUGGGCUUGAGCUCUAACCAAGGCCUAGGCUUGGACGGGUUUGUCCCGGACAUACCCUUUGACGAUUACUCUCUGGACCCUGUAAAUGGAGGCAUGAGCGCUUUGCCAUUCUCCACCCCAUAUGAUUUCGACAAUUUCGCGACUUUUGAGGACCCUUUCUCCUACCCUGCCCGUCCGUACGAAGAAGCGGUGCCCGGUUCUGAUAACUUGAAUGAAACCUCGACCCCCGAACAGCUAGACCAUAAAUUGCUCGGCUUCUCGGCCCCUAUCGUCAAAGCCCAUCUAGUCGACGAUGCGAACCAGUUCGCCGAGGUUUCUAUGACUGCAGAGCUCUAUGGCAUGUUCUUUGUCGCCGAGGACGUUUUUGCCGGCGAUAACACAGGCCGGCCUCUCGAGCUUACCUGCUACCGCCGCAAUCUGUGGCAGUGCUCCGGCCAGAUCACCGUGUCCAGGCCAGUCACCCAGGUGAUAACUGAGCAAGGUUCCAGAGAUUCUAUCGCGGAGCUAGUUGCGAGCAUCACAGCAAUGGAGUCCAUCGAUGGCAAACCGACAGAAAUCAUAUCAAUACCGUGGAAAAGCGCCGCCGGCACUGAAGACAGCAAAGUACCCGGCUCGCCGCCUGCUGUGCCGCUAGAUACGUUGCAGUUCAAGCAUGCCACGGCGAACAAUGGCCGAAGAAAGGGCCUACAGCAGCACUACGUGGUCCAGAUCAAUCUCCUCGCGAAGCUCAAAUCGGGAGACCUGGUAAAGGUAGCCGAGUUCAUCCCGCACGAGCGCCAGCCGCCGGGGGCAGCAGGCAGAGCCGUAGCCUCGCUCGUGCAGAAAGCUGCGGGACGCCCGGCCUCUUCCGUUCCCCUUAGCUUAUCGCUGUCAGAGGACGAACGAAGUCCGGGACGCGGCAGCACCGAAACAGCGAGCCCGAAAAUACCCAAACCUUCCGGAGUGAGGCCCCAGAAUCCGAGCCAGAGUCCGGUGGAGGAGGUAGACAUGCUUUAUGAAUAUUUUCCGCUUAGCGUGGACGACUGGCUACCACCAGUGGAAGCGAUUUACCGACCACACAUCGUCCAUCACACCAUCAUACCGCCCGAGGUAAAAGCGCAGCAGAUACGGACGAAGAAGAAACUAUACUUUUCGGCUGAGUGA